AUGUCUAUAGAACCAUUACCAAUAAAUGAUGACCAACACCCUCCUAUUGUGACAGACACUGACUGUAUAUGCUCCUCAGACGUAGACCGACCCAUACAUAGUAAUUCCAGCCAAUUCAGUCUUACCUCAUCGUCAUCAUCAUUCAACGAACCACGCAGACGAUCGUCUAGAAAACAACAGAGAGUUCGAAGUAGGCAAACAUCAUAUCCAUCAGUGGGACAGUUGCUAUGGGAAAAUGGUGAAUCGUAUAGCGAUGUGCGACUUUCCUUCGAAGACAAAGGAAUUCUUGCAAUGGAAGCAGGCAUACCCACUGAACUGCGACUCCAUUCCAUAGUAUUAUUCCAAUCACAAUUCUUCAAAGAACAACUUUCUCAUACUUCAACAAAUGUACCAUCAUCACCAGCAUCGAAUGUAAUAAGGGAGAAGCAGAUAAUAGUCAGACUACCUGCCAGAGUUGCAGAAGAAGACAUGGUUAAUUUCUACUGUACUUUGAAACUAAUGUACACUAAAGCAUGGAAUAGUGAACUUGCGAAUAACUUGGCAAAAGGAGUCGGGUGUUUAUCUGUAUGUUGCGAGAUAGGAUUUCACGAGGGAAUAGCUGAAUGCUGGGCAUGGCUAGUACAAAAAUGCACUCGAGAUAAGAACAACGAGAUGAUGCGACGACUCAUCGAGGCAUACCCAGAUUUAUAUGAGAAGUUUGAUGACCAAACUAGUUCUCUAUCAACUCCAGACUCGUCGCACUUACAAAUACCAAUCCCACAGAAAUCAUCUCCUAAACAACGACCACCACCUAUAUCUCGAAGAUCGUCCAGUAGAAGAAAGACAAGAACUGCCCCUCAUGCUAGACGCAGAGCAGGUGCGACGGCGCCCUCAUCCUCACCAAUAUUAAGAUCGAACUACAGCGACGAAUCCAUGUCGACCAAUGCAUCUGCGCCGCUGACACCAACCAGUGACACAUCACCGCACCCAUUCUCGCGCGAUAACGUACUUCCUUCCCCUUCCCCUUCCCCUUUAUCUCCAUUACCAUCGCCACCAUCCGAUUCUAUUCUAUCUUCACUCCCACCUAAGAAGAGAGCUAUCGAUAAGACUAUCAACACCACUACCAACGGCGCCAAUAUUGUUACUACAACUUACCUGUUUCCGGCCAUGCCUGCCGCUACUCCACCUAAUAAAUUUACUAGCCCACGCAUACUCAACUCAUGGAUUAGUAAAUUCGAAAUGUUUGCCAUAAUGGCAAAACGUGCUUGUAAUAAUUUGCCAGAUGAAGCUCGCCUUGAUAACAGAUGCUUUCCAUUUCUUGGAUAUUUCGUCUCUGCAUUUGAGUCUAUUCAUGAACUCGCUGGACAGUCACUUAUUACAUCUGCUGAAGCAUUGGAUUUCACUUUGCGUAUGUUAAACGUAAUUAAGGUUGAACAUACUCACUAUCAUACUCUUCAUCUUCCGCCACCUGAGCGUCCGGAACAGGGAACGUUGUCACCACCAAUAGUACUUCAUGAGUCGCUGGAUGUUCCACUUGCUAAUAUUUUGAAGUUUGCUCUUGUAUCAAAAGAGCAGAAGCACCUAUGUGAUUAUUUAUGGGCACCUAGCAAUAUUUCCAAUCUCAUGCAUCUGAGAGAGAUAUUGAGCGAUAAUGGAAAUGCUAUGGAUGAGGAUGAGUUUGAAGAGAUGGAUGAAGUAAUGGGACAAGAGAGUCUCCUGAAAGCACAGAGAGUCAGUAACGUCGAGCAUAUGGUUGUAGGAGAGAAGAUGGCAGAAGUCAUGAGGGAAAUCAGAGGACAGUCAUAUUGUCUGUAA